AUGUGGUUUCCAGUUUUGGCAGCUUCAGCGACUGCUUUUACGGUCAUUGCAGCUAAGAACAGCUCAACGUCUUCGUCGUAUCCAACCAAGUCAGGGAUCAAGAAUUGGGUCGACCCAGACACUCCUGAAGACCGACAAACGUUCACCAACUCUCGUGGAAGGAAAUGGGAUCUUGUUAUGAGUGACGAGUUCAACGUGGCCAACCGCAGCUUCCGACCAGGUGACGAUCACUUGUGGACGUCGCUGGAUAAGCCUGACGGUGUGAACGGAGCGUUGGAGAUCUAUUCCCACAAUAUGACUUCGACCAAGUGCGAUGACGACACGUGCUACUUCUACAUCGAAGUUUCGGAUGAACCGCAGACGAUCUCAGUUUACAACAUGUACAAGUAUCCUCCUGGCUUCGAAGACGCCCAUUUCUACUACAGAGCUGGAAUGGUGCAGUCCUGGAACAAAUUCUGUUUCCAAGGAGGCAUGUUGGAGGUGAAAGCGCAACUCCCCGGUGCCGUCUCGGACAAGUCUGGUAACCCCGAUCUAGCACUGGGAAAGUCUGGCAAAGUAGCUUCCAAAGCGUAUUAUCCGACGUGGCCUGGUAUCUGGAUGAUGGGGAACCUCGGUCGAGCUAUCUUUUCGGCCUCUACGAACCGAAUGUGGCCGUUCUCCUACAAUAAAUGCGAGCCGGACGUGUUCAACCCCGAUUUCCAGCGUAUCAGCGCUUGUGACGAUGAUCCUGGCUACGGUUUGAACCCGAAUCAAGGACGCGGAGCUCCUGAGAUCGAUCUCCUUGAAGGUGGUGGCUUGGCCAUCUCGUCUUCGCUCCAGAUCGCUCCAGGAAUGCCCAUGGACUUUCGUUUGUUCCCUGCAGACCCUAAAGGUGCCGACGCUACCAAUCCGUUCUGUGUGUACUCGUAUGACUGCAAAACCAAAGGAGCGAACGUCAUCGAUGUCCCGACGGCGUAUUUCCAGCAAAUGCGUGGCCACAAGUCUUGGUACCAAGGUCUCCGCUACGGAGCGAACAACUAUUGUCAACCGGAUGCCAGUGCCAAGCAGGACUUCACCACAGUGAACAAAUCUGUGGAAUCAGGAAUCACAGAGAACACGUGUACCGCUGAUACCUGUCCAGCGUCCAUGGAUGUCAAUGGAGAUAUGGGUCUUAUUGACAGCAAGGGGAAAAAUCACUGGGGGAUCAACUCGAACGGCACGUGUUACCCCAUCAUGAACUCGUACAUGGGUGCGUAUCUGUGUGAUCCCGACAAUACCAACUCUAUGUGUAGUAGUCCUCGCAACUCCAGCACGCCCAAGUCCAACACGAUGAGUCCGUUUAACUAUCAGAUGGACGCCAUCUCGUCCAAUUGGCCCAUUCAUCUAGGCGGAUACUUAGACUACCUGGUCUACCAAGUUGAGUGGGUCACAGGUGAGAACGGCUACGUACGUUGGAUGUUGGACGGCGCUCCGAUCUUUGAAGUCACGACCGACGCGUUCUCCAAUGUCCCGCAGAACGCGAACAAGUCGAAUCCGGUCAAGGUGAUGCUGGAAGAGCCCAUGUAUCUCAUCUUUAACGUCGCGUUGUCCAGUUCAUGGGGUGCCACGCCUCCGAACGCCGGCAGCGAGUGCCGUGGUGACGGCGCAGACGAAGAAACGAACCGGAUCUGUGACGAGUUCCCCAUGUACAUGAAGAUCGACUAUAUCCGACUAUACCAGGACCUGGGUGAUGACCUUCCUUCGGACAGCUACAUGCAGAUCGGCUGUGACCCUAAGAGCCACCCGACCAAGGAAUGGAUCGAAGGCCACAUCGAUGAGUACUCGGACGAUGACAACCCGGUCAAGAGUGUACACGGUAAGGCAUUCUGCAAGACAAACGACGACUGCACUAUCGGUGGCAGUGUCGGGUCCACGAUGCUGAAGACGGGAACGUGUGUCAAGUCUCGCUGUGUGUGCUCGUCGACGUCGUGGAGCGGACCUCGUUGCACUGAGGCUCAAUCCGACACGUCGGAGAAGUCCAGCAGUCUGUCGAAACGCGUGUAUGGACCACCGAUGGGGUUGUCGAUGGGAGUCGGCAGUGUCGCUAUCCUGUUGUCUAUCGGGUCGGUGUGGCUUGCGGCUGCCGUGACUGCAAAGGAAACGCAAAAGAUGCUGAAAACCAAGGACGCAGAGCUAGAAGCAAGACAGCGCGAAGCCAAGGCGUCCCAACUCUCCAGCAGUGAUCUCGGCUCGAGCUUCAACCAGCCCAAGGACAACUACAAGCAGAAUUUUGUGUAAAAAACUACUAGUAUUUUUUUUCGUUGUGUUUUUGUGAAUGAAAUUUUUUUGUGCUAGAA